GAUUGUGACCACCGGCUACCAAAACAACAAAUCUAAAUGUUCAUUGUUCAGUAUUAUAACUGUCUACUUGCGGUGUUUCUCAAACCUAACGUCGGCCAUAUUAUUAUACACUCCCGGAAAUUAGACGAUAAUAGUACUGUAAAUUAUAGCGGAUAGGUACUAAAAUAUUAAUUCUAAUAGUUUCAUGUGAAAUGAAGAGUGUUGCAAGUUUACAAUGUGUAUAUUAUUUAAUGCUGUUAAUUAUAAUUAUUUGUACUGCGCGUUUGGGACGCUGUGUGCCGCAAAAUAAAGAUAAUGUCACCAGUAAAAUUUUUUUCCCGUCAGAUGAUCAAUCCAAAGCCACGGAAACAUAUUAUUCGGCCGCUGAAAUGUGCAGCGAGUAUUCGAAAUUGAUUUACAGUUAUAUAAAGGAUCCAGUAUUAUUAGUGGGUCACGACAACAUUAUCAAAGUUAAAGAUUGUCACGAUGUCUUAACCUUAAUCGUUAACGGCACGAGGGCUGAUCCAAAAGAAUUUCCACACAUGGCUUUGUUGGGUUAUAACAAGAACCCCAAAAGUAACGCAUGGGCCUGCGGUGGAUCACUGAUCAGCAACAGAUGGAUCCUGUCCGCAGCACACUGUGAAAAACUAGAUGACAAAACUUUCGUGCGCUGGGCACGCCUGGGAGAACUCAACUAUCUGUUGGACACUGACAAUGCCAGACCAAUGGACUACCAAAUCGAAAAACGCGUAGUGCACCCGAAUUAUCAACCACCGUCAUUGUACAACGAUAUAGCACUGUUCCGUUUAGACCAGGAUGUCAAGUUUUCGGCGUACGUUCGGCCCAUUUGUCUUAACGCAGAUCCAAAACUGCAGUCGAGUCCUUCGCAGACGGUGAUAGCAACUGGUUGGGGACAGAUCCACUUCAACGGACCACCUAGUCCGGAUCUGUUGAAAGUGAUUUUGAACAUGAUCCCGGCAAAUCAUUGCAAAAGCAAUUACGCGUCGAUCGGGGCAACUCAGUUGGCGAACGGAAUACUCGAAGAAAGCAUGAUGUGCGCCGGCUAUGCGAAUGGUGAAAAAGACACUUGUGGGGGUGAUUCUGGCGGUCCGCUUCAAAUAGCGCACGACAAUUACUUGUGUAUGUACACGCAAGUAGGCGUCACGUCGUUCGGUAAGCUGUGCGCCGAGAAGAAUUCGCCGGGCGUUUACACGAGAGUGUCCAAGUUCUUGCCGUGGAUCGAACGAAUCGUUUGGCCCAAAAAGUCUGCCUGAAGUGAACAUAAUAUAGAUUAAGAGGAUGCCACACCUGCACUUGUUAACUACGUUUUACAAUUACGUACAAAAACGCAAAUUUUGCGUUCACAAUAAUACAUUUUGCUCUGUAAAUUCUAGAAUUGGAGUGAAUUGGCCCGUUACAAAAUUUUAAGGUAAGAUACAGGGCAUCUCGGAGGCUUUUAUUGAUACAUAUUUUUAUUAAGAAGCAAGUUAUGGCCUCUUUGAAACUGUAAAUUCUUUGUUUUUUUUUUUUUGAAAAUGAUCAUAACUCACUUAAAAAUAAUAAUAUCAAUAAAAUCUUCCGAGGUGUUCUAGACAAUAAUAUUACCUCAACAUUUUAUAAUGAGUCAAUUCGCUCUAAUUUUAAAACAACAUAGUCAAAUGAAAUAUUGGUUACGUAAAAUUUGCCAUAUUGUAGGUUUUUAAGAGGGAGAUAGCACAUGCGUGGCGUCUUCUUAACAUUGUAUUCGAUAGUGAAUAAUAAACCUAAUUGCAGCUAGUAAUCUGUAAGUAUAAUAUUCUUAUGCUAGGUUGCAUAAAUAAUUGAUUAAAUUUAAUGGUUCACUAAAAAUUUAGUGGACCAAUCGUGGGCCACUAAAUCUUGUUUAAGGGACCAUUAGCUCACUAUUGAUUCAUUAAAUGUUUUUCACUAGUCUGUUUAUUUUUAUUUGACGUCGUGUCUGACCCGGUGUUUAUAAAGUGGUAUUAUUAUUAUGAUAUUAUUUUCUUUUAAUGACCACUCAACAGACAACAACUCUUGGUAUUUUCAUCAGUAUUGAUAAUAUUUAUUUUUUACCGAUUCGACCAACCAUGAUCGAGUACCUACUGAGUAAGAAAGUAAUUGAAAAAGUAGGUCAGCGCAUUUCGGUGCACCUUCGGGCCUAGGACAGGAUAGUGUAAUUUUACUGUAUUCGAU